GGUGGCCUCGGCCCCUCUAGCAGGUCUCGCGACAACGCCCGCCCAGCGGCCGCCCUUGCCGCGCGUGCGCAGACUCCGGAGUCUGCUUCCGGCGUCUCCUUCCGGUGUGGCCCAGGCAGGGUCCGCAGAGCCAACCAUGUCGGAUUACCGCCUGCCCCAGUACAAGAGCGGGGACCUGGUGUUUGCCAAGUUAAAGGGCUAUGCCCACUGGCCGGCGCGGGUAGAGCACAUGACCCAGCCCAACCGUUACCAGGUGUUUUUCUUCGGAACCCACGAGACGGCCUUCCUGAGCCCCAAACGCCUGUUCCCGUACCAGGAGUCCAAGGAGAAGUUCGGCAAGCCCAACAAGAGGCGCGGCUUCCGCGAGGGGCUGUGGGAGAUCGAGAACAACCCCACGGUCCAGGCCUCCGACUGCGUGUUCGCCCCGGAGAAGGGCGGUGGAGACGGGCCCCGGCCGGAGCCCGAGGCCGCAGAGAGCGACGCGGACAAGCCGAACCACGCCGAGGGCGGCGGCGACGAGCCGAGGAAGCCGGGCGGCAACGAGCCCGCCGAGGAGGAGAAGGGGCCGCUGAAGAGGAGCGCGGGGGACCCGCCGGAGGACGCCCCCAAACGGCCUAAGAAGGCCGCCGCCGACCAGGAGGAGGAGGCGGAGGCGGAGGCAGCGGCGGACGUCGACGGGGAGAGUCCGCUCCUCGUGGCGGUGGAGAACGGCAGUGCCCCCAGCGAGCCCGGCCUGACCUGCGAGCAGUCCCAGCCAGAGGAGGAGGAGCUCCAGGAGGAAGAAGCCGAUGACGAGGAGCCCUCCCAGGAGUGGGAUGCCGAGGGCCCGGGCGGCGGAGAUCGCGACAGCCUGUAGUUACCAGCGUUUCCAGAAGAGCCCCCCCGCCCCCCCGUUCCUGCCGCGGCCUGGCUCUUCCUGGGGAAUCUGGCCACCGCCUGCAAACUG